AGUACUCUCUUUACAGUGCCAUGCAUCAUAGCUCUAUGCACAAUGCUAACUUGUGGAUCAGACGUUUGUCCCUGUCGAGUUCGACAACAAGGGCAAGCAGAACAUUCCUCCGGGUUUUUAACCACUGAAAGUUAUCCUCGUCACAAAAGACACUCUCCAUUCAAAGACUUUCACUUCCUCACCUCAAUCUCCCAAAUACCACAGAUAUGCACUUCAAUUCUAUCAUCGUCUUGGGCGUAAUGCUCUCUGGAGCUGUGGUCUCGGCCGCUGAUUGCGGCGCCUACGGUCUCUGUGGUGUCACUCGCGCCUCAUCCCGCUAUCAGCUCUAUGCUGCCCGUCAACACGUUUGCGGUGACGCUUUAUACAAGAAUGAUGGAUCGCUCAAAGCUGAAGGUGGAGGCAGACUCACUUGGCCUGGAGGAUUCGAUCAGCAGAGAUGCUGGGACGCAUUCGAGAAUAUCCUGAACUAGUGUCGUCCUGAAGGCUCUGGCCUUGGUAAUC